CGCUGAGGGGAGGUGGGAGGGGAAGGGGGGGGGCAGCGCCAUGGGGCCCGGCCGCCUCCUGCGGCCGCUGCUGCGCUGCUGCCGCCGCCGGGCGGUCCCCCCUCCUCUGCCUCGGGGGGCGGCUGUGAGGGGACCGCUCAGCGCCGCGCUCCGCCUCUGGGCGCCUCAGCGGCCGCCGGGCAGGGGCGAGCCGCCGCGGGCGGGCGGCGGGGGGCGAAGGGCGGGCGGUGACGACGACGAUGAUGAUGAUGAAGAGGAGGAGGAGGAAGAUGAGGAUGUGGAGGAGCUGCUGGGCCCCUCGCCGCUCGGCCCCGUGGCCGGCGCGCAGCGGGUGGCCGUGGUGCAGCCGGCGGUCCGCUGGGGGCCCAAGAAGCCGCAGUUCACCACCGCUGAGUUACAGAUUGCCGAAGCCGUUGCUCUCGUAGACACCCUUCCGAACUGGACUGUUUUAGAUAAAAUAAUUAUUCCUACAAAAAAUCCUGACAAGAAGUUCGUUUUUGGCAAAGGAAACUUUGAUGUUUUGACAGAAAAGAUUAAAAAAAUGCCCCAUGUGACAGCUGUCUUCUUGAAUGUGGAAAGAAUAUCUUCAGUAACAAAGAAAGAACUAGAAGAUGCCUGGGGAGUGAAAGUCUUUGACAGAUACACCGUUGUACUUCACAUUUUUCGUUGCAAUGCCCGCACUAAGGAAGCAAAACUCCAGAUUGCAUUGGCUGAAAUUCCACUCCUAAGGUCAAAUCUAAAAAAUGAGGUGUCUCAACUAGAUCAGCAGAGAGGUGGAUCAAGAUACAUCAUGGGCUCAGGUGAGACAUUUAUGGAGACACAGAAUCGCCUCUUGAAAGAAAAAGAACUUAAAAUUAGGCAUGUCCUGGAGAAGCUAAGAAGAAAAAGGUCUCUGCUUAGAACUCAGCGCAGAAAACGCGAGUUUCCAGUUAUCUCAGUAAUGGGCUAUACAAAUUGUGGAAAAACCACCUUGAUCAAAGCCUUGACCGGGGAAGCAGGACUUCAACCCCGAGAUCAGCUGUUUGCCACUCUUGAUAUUACAGCUCACGCUGGCUACCUGCCCUCACACAUGGCAGUUAUUUAUGUUGACACUAUUGGGUUUCUGUCUGAUCUUCCACAUAACCUGGUUGAGUCCUUUUCAGCUACCUUAGAAGAAGUUGCUUACUCAGAUCUGAUAGUUCACGUGAGGGACAUCACUCAUCCAGAAACCGUCCUCCAGAAAGCAAGCGUUCUCUCUGUUCUGAAGAAUCUCAAUCUUCCAAGCCAUUUAUUGGAAUCAAUGGUAGAAGUUCAUAACAAAGUGGAUUUGAUAGAAAGGUAUGAACCCACUGAAGAAAACACUUUAGCCAUUUCUGCUCUACAUGGACAUGGGUUAGAAGAGCUGAAAGAAGAAAUAGAGAAAAAAAUUUUGAAAGCAACAGGGAAGAAGAUUCUGACAAUUAAAGUCAACUUACAGGGACCUCAGCUAAGUUGGCUCUAUAAAGAAGCAACAGUUCAGGAAGUAGAAGUCAUGCCUGAAGAUGGCACCGCCAUGGUGACAGUGAUAAUCAGCAACUCUGCUUUUGGCAAAUACAGGAACCUCUUUCCCAGCAGUACUUUUUUUAUACCAUGAAACUCCAUCCUUUUCUAGAAAAAGAAACUGAUCUCAUUAUGAGGAUGUGAAAUGAAGUUACUGGCCCGUUAGCCUGGAUGUGGAAGAGUAUAUUUAUUAACCAGUUGAUGUUCUUGACACAUUGUAGAAGUGGACAGUGUUUCAGAAAACGUCUGGAAACAGUAAGAGCUUUGAGUUUCAUUCUGGCAGCAAGUGCAAGAACAGCACUAAAUUUUAUGUUGGGAGAGUUGUUGGCUACAGGCCUUGGGCCUCAAACACGUGGGAACCACUAGAUGACAUCUAAAUUAACCUUUGGAAAAGUACUGAGUUUCUUAAAUCAUAGAAAUUUUUUUUUUACCCUGUUUUUCAGAAUAAGGCGUGUUCAUGCAUUCUGCUUGAAUAUAUAUUUACUUAAAAAAAACUACCAUAAUUUAUUGCAGUGAAGCAGAAAACAUUGGUUUGUAUAUUUAAGCAAUGAAUAAAGUUACCUGUGAACAUCUUUCACCCAAUAGUGUUCCUGCAUACGGUAAUUUAUCUACAAUACCUACUACUGUAUCAAUUCUUAAAAGAGAAAACAUCAGUAUCACAGAAAGGAGAACUCCUAUUUCAGUCUUUAUUACACAAACAGAUCAAGUUUUAUUAAGUAAAGUAACAAGACAUUUGAAAGGUACAAAAGAUAGGCAGAAAAACAUUCUGAGUUAUAAUAACACUUCAUGCAGGUGGUGACUCUUCAAAAAAUUAAACUGAAUGACUGCUCUAUAUGAAGUAAAUAGAGGUGAGAACAUGGAUUAAAAGGCCCAUAAAAAAAAAAAAAAAA